AUCCAGAAGCUGUGUGACCGUGUAGCUUCUUCCACGUUACUGGAUGACCGGAGGGAUGCUGUCCGUGCGCUUAAAUCCUUAUCCAAGAAGUACCGGUUGGAGGUGGGCACGCAGGCGAUGGAACAUCUUAUCCACGUUCUCCAGACAGACCGUUCAGAUUCUGAAAUAAUUGGCUAUGCCUUGGACACUCUCUACAAUGUAAUAUCAAAUGACCUAGAAGAGGAGGAGCAAGAAAACUUAACAAAAGUUGAUGAUUUGGGGAGUCAGUUCACAGAGAUAUUCAUUAAACAGCAAGAAAAUGUCACACUCUUGCUGACACUUGUGGAGGAAUUUGAUUUCCAUGUUCGCUGGCCUGGAGUGAAACUCCUUACAUCUCUUUUAAAGCAGCAAGGACCUCAAGUGCAGCAGAUAAUUCUUGUCAGCCCUAUGGGUGUUUCCAGACUCAUGGAUUUACUAGCAGACUCUAGGGAGGUUAUACGAAAUGAUGGAGUCCUGUUGUUACAGCAAUUGACAAAAAGUAACGCAGCCAUACAGAAGAUUGUUGCCUUUGAGAAUGCCUUUGAGAGACUUCUGGAUAUCAUAACAGAAGAAGGAAACAGUGAUGGAGGAAUAGUAGUGGAAGACUGUCUCCUCCUAUUGCAAAACUUGUUGAAGAAUAAUAAUUCCAAUCAGAAUUUCUUCAAGGAAGGUUCAUACAUUCAGCGUAUGAAGCCUUGGUUUGAGGUUGGAGAUGACAACUGUGGGUGGUCUGCACAGAAAGUAACUAAUCUCCACCUAAUGCUGCAG